AUGAAAGAGAAAGAUAGCUUUGAGAAUGUUAUCUUUACAGAUGAAACCAGCGUAGAAAUACUACAGUAUACCAGGUACUGUUCGAAGAAAGGCAGUUUACCAAAACGUAAAGGAAAGCCAAAACAUCCACUUAAGGUUCAUGUAUGGGCUGGAAUAUCAUACAGAGGUGCUACCAAUGUGUGUAUCUUUACUGGGUACAUGGAAAGCAUUGGAUAUCAAACCAUAUCGAAAAGGAACUUACUUCCUUUCAUAGCAAGUACCCAGAAGGUCAUCGUUUCUGGCAAGACAACGAUCCCAAACAUACCAGACUUAAAUCCAACCGAAAAUUUGUGGGCAAACUUGAAACACUAUCUUCGAAAGAUUACAAAGCCAACAAACAAUGAAGAAUUGGUAAAAGGAAUCCAAGAAUAUUGGAAAACAGUAACCCCUGAAAUGUGCAGGCGAUAUGUGGACCAUGUGAGGAAGGUUGUACCAGAUGUUGUAGCAUGUGGUGGUGGGCCUACUGGGUACUGA